UACUGCUGGGGGUGUUUAUAAAAAGAAAAGCAUUCCCUUCUCAGCUCUCACUGUCAACAACCUCUCAUCCUGAAGACACGCUUACCACAACUGAGAGAGUGGGGGGACAGUUUGAGACCUAGCAUCACUUAAACCUCCUCCACAGGCAGAAAAGCCAGAAGAGAAAAAUGAAGACAGGACAUUUUGUUAUGGUCACCAUGCUGCUGGCAGCUAUGAUUCUAAUGGACAUUUUCCAGAUGAAGGCUGAAAUGUUAAACAUGGCAGAUAAUGCAUUUGAUGAUGAAUACCUGAAAUGCACUGACAGGAUGGAAGUCAAAUAUGUUCCCCAACUGCUGAAGGAGGAGAAAGCAAGCCAUCAACUCUUGAAGAACGUGUGGGAAAAUGCAGAAGCCAAAUGGAAAGCCCAGAAGACUCACAUCUUUCUCCCUAUGAGUUUUAAAGAUAACCAUGGAAUAGCACUGAUGGCAUAUGUUUCUGAAGCUCAAAGACAGACUCCUUUUUACCAUAUGUUCAGUGAAGCUGUGAAGACGGCAGGCCUAUCUCGAAAAGAUUAUAUCUAUGACUUCCAGUUCAAAGCUUUUCAUUUUUAUCUGACAAAAGCCCUUCAGUUGCUGAGACGACCUUGUGAGGACAGUUAUAAAAAUGCGGUGUAUAGUAUAAGCCAGGAUACCUCAUUUGCAUUUGGAGGGCUAAAUCAAGCCAGAUUUGGCCAUUUCACCUUGGCAUAUUCAGUCAAACCUCACGCUGCUGAUGACCAACACAUUCUGUUAACCAUCCACACGUGCUUUGGUGUUGCCAUUGAAAAUUUUUUUGAUAAAGAAAGUGAAAAAAUUAUUUUAAUACCUCUGAAUGAGAUUUUUAAUGUGUCGCAGGAUGGGGCCAGCAAUAACUUUAUCCUUCAAAGCACAAACAAGACCUGCAGCCAUUAUGAGUGUGCAUUUCUAGGUGGACUAAAAAAUGAAGAUUGUGUUGAGAACGUGGAAUAUCAUCAACUCAUCAAUGUCUACAACCCUGUUUCUUCUUAUAACUUAGGUGAGAAAAGUCAGAACCUUGAAGACCCUGGAAUGAAAAACCAAGAGUCCACUGUCUUACCUGGUAUGAUGAGCCAUGAACCCACCCAAAUACCUGGAAUGAAAAUUCCAGAAACUUUUUCACUACCUGGAAUAAAAGUGGUACAACUGGAUGAAAAACCUGAAGACAAAAGUCGAGAAGGUAUCGGCAAUCCUGCUCCAGGUCCAGUUCCGGUCCCAGGUCCCAAAAUCCAUCCCUCUGCAUCUUCUGGCAAAAUGCUCUUUCCACCGUUGGGGACAUCCAUCAUUUUAAUCAGUGCUUCCACUGUAUAUCUCUUUGUUGCUCUGUAGUCUAACACAUUCUUUAUUUACUUAAAAUAUACUCAAGGGGGAUCCCUGGGUGCUGGGUGGCGCAGCGGUUUAGCGCCUGCCUUUGGCCCAGGGCGCGAUCCUGGAGACCCGGGAUCGAAUCCCACGUCGGGCUCCCGGUGCAUGGAGCCUGCUUCUCCCUCUGCCUGUGUCUCUGCCUCUCUCUCUCUCUCCCCCUGUGUGACUAUCAUAAAUAAAUAAAAAUUUUAAAAAAUACAUACUCAAGGGAUCCCACAGGAAACCAACAGGAAUGAUGUAUUUUUCACUUGUUGGUCAGAGUCACUUGAUAAAAUGAGAACUGAGUAUUUAUUUACUUUGCAAAUUCAGAGUUGGUCCAGAUAUGUCACAGAAUUCAUUUUUCAUUUAUUUCUAUAUUAAUUUAUGGUUGCAAAAAGGCACUGUAUAUUCCUGAUUGAAUUCAAUAAAAGACUUUAAGAUUAUUGGAUGUAAUUUAAUUAGAAUUGUUAGAUACUAAAAUAUCUAGUACUGUUAGUGAUUAACUUGAAUUUAAUUCCUGAAUUACAAUUUUAAAGUUUUACUUAUCUUUGAAAGAUCAGACUUUGACUUCAAAUAGUAUCACCCCUCAUCUCUUCAUCUUCCUUUGAUAAAUAAAGACUAUGUUUCUGUAAA